CCUGAAGCCAUCAUCAUCUUUCAGCCAUACCACCCUCCAGCCAAAGGUUCGAAAUAUCUUCAAGGUCUUCUUCUCAGCCAUCUCAUAUGUCCAAGCAAAUGCAGCGUGCGCGCUUCAUCCGUCGACGACACCAACAAAUCCUCGAGGAUGUCGAAAAGCUCAAAUACGAAGCUACCGCUCAUCAAGACUCGAAGACUCACCGUAGCUUUCCAAAGUGGUUCUGCCUCUACGGCAUAUACAUGAGCUGCGCUUUCCUGUUCCGCAUACUCGUCCUCUUCGUCCUUGUCCGCAGCUACCACUACAUGUACAACCACUACAUGAUCCACCACAUUCAUCAGAUGAGAUUUACGGUUCCUCAUAUGGAGGUUUUACUCUUCGAAUACCUUGUCUUUCCAUCAUUUGUCGUCGGUGUCAUAAUGCACUCGAUCGGCAGCAUUUUCGACAGCUGGACAUACGCAAAGCUGCUCGACGACGAGCCAAAGACAGUGCACGCAAUGACUGAGCAGAUGAAGAGAAGAUUCGAAGCUCAUAUGUUCCGCCUCAAUGGCCUGACUGAGGAAUUCGAGUAUAAUGUUAUGGCUUCAGCAAAAAUGAUUAGGAAGACGAAGGAGGACAAUAUAAGGAUCAGGAAGGGCUUCGUAAAGAAGGUGUGGAUUUCAAAGAAAGUGUAGAAGUUUAUCUCGAGGUACAGAAGUGUGAAACCCAGGGGGCAAUAGCGAUAGAGAGGGUUUCUACGC